GAGAGAGAGAGAGAGAGAGAGAGAGUGAGAUUCCGAUCCAUAUUGGGCCGCUAGUCGCCGCAUCGGUCGAGCAUCAACGAGAGAGAGGAAGAGAGAACCCGCAGUGCUGUCCUCCUCUCUGAGGAAGACGUAGAACCAAAGGAGCUAGAAGGGGACUCCUUUGAGGGACCAAGAAAAUCUAAGCAAAGAUGAGGAUUAUGAUAAAAGGAGGUGUUUGGAAGAACACUGAAGAUGAAAUCCUCAAAGCGGCGGUGAUGAAAUAUGGGAAGAAUCAGUGGGCUCGGAUUUCUUCCCUUCUCGUUCGCAAGUCUGCCAAACAGUGCAAGGCUCGCUGGUACGAGUGGCUCGAUCCUUCAAUCAAGAAGGGGCAAAGUAAGGACCAGCAAAUAGAAUGGGAGAGAGUAGAGACUGAGUGGACCAGAGAAGAAGAUGAGAAACUGCUUCACCUUGCUAAGCUCAUGCCCACACAAUGGAGAACAAUUGCCCCAAUUGUUGGCCGUACUCCAUCCCAGUGCCUUGAACGUUAUGAGAAACUCCUUGAUGCAGCGUGUGCUAAGGAUGAAAACUAUGAGCCAGGUGAUGAUCCACGAAAAUUGCGUCCUGGAGAGAUCGACCCAAACCCAGAAUCAAAGCCUGCACGUCCUGACCCUGUUGAUAUGGAUGAGGACGAGAAAGAAAUGCUGUCAGAAGCACGAGCUCGGUUGGCCAACACCAGAGGCAAGAAGGCAAAAAGGAAAGCCAGGGAGAAGCAACUUGAAGAGGCCAGAAGGCUUGCUUCGUUGCAGAAAAGGAGAGAACUAAAGGCAGCUGGAAUCGAUACGAGGCAUCGGAGGAGGAAAAGGAGAGGGAUUGACUAUAAUGCUGAGAUCCCCUUUGAGAAGAAGCCUCCUCCAGGCUUUUAUGAUGUUGCUGAUGAAGAUCGACCACUGGAACAACCUAAGUUCCCGACAACCAUCGAAGAACUUGAAGGAGAGAGAAGGGUUGAUAUGGAAGCACGAUUAAGAAAGCAGGAUAUUGCGAGGAAUAAAAUUUUACAGAGGCAAGAUGCUCCAUCGGCUAUUCUGCAAGCUAACAAGCUUAAUGAUCCAGAAGCAGUUAGAAAGCGGCCAAAACUGAAUCUUCCUGCACCACAGAUGGGGGACCAGGAUUUGGAGGCAAUUGCAAAGUUAGGUUAUGCUGGAGAUCUUGCGGGUGAGGAGCUCACAGAAGGAAGUGGUGCAACACGAGCUCUCCUCGCGAAUUAUUCCCAGACGCCACAGCAGGGAAUGACCCCUUUACGAACUCCACAAAGAACACCUGCAGGAAAGGGUGAUGCUAUUAUGAUGGAAGCUCAAAAUGCGGCCAGGAUGAGAGAAUCUCAAACGCCAUUAUUAGGAGGAGAAAACCCUGAAUUGCACCCAUCUGAUUUUUCAGGGGUCACUCCUAAAAAAAUGGAUAUUCAAACGCCAAAUCCAAUGUUGACUCCUUCAGCAACUCCUGGAGGCAUGGGUCUUACUCCUGCAAUUGGCAUGACACCGUCAAGGGAUGGCUAUUCUUUUGGUAUGACCCCAAAAGGAACUCCCAUGCGGGAUGAGCUUCACAUUAAUGAGGAUAUAGAAAUUCAUGGUGGUGCUAAGCUUGAACGUCGAAGACAAGCUGAGUUGAAAGAGAACCUGCGCUCUGGUUUUAGCACUCUUCCCCAGCCUAAGAAUGAGUAUCAGAUAGUUGUCCAACCUGUUCCAGAAGAUAGUGAAGAGCCAGAGGAGAAGAUUGAAGAAGAUAUGUCUGACAGGAUUGCAAGAGAGAAGGCUGAGGAAGAGGCGAGGUUGCAAGCAUUGCUAAGGAAGAGAUCAAAAGUAUUGCAAAGGGAGCUCCCCAGACCUCCUGCUGCUUCAUUAGAGCUAAUUAAAAAUUCUUUGAUGAGAGCUGAUGAAGAUAAGAGCUCCUUUGUCCCUCCUACUUCGAUUGAGCAGGCUGAUGAGAUGAUAAGAAAGGAGCUUGUAUCCUUGCUAGAGCAUGAUAAUGUGAAAUAUCCUCUUGAAGAGAAAGUGGAAAAGGAGAAAAAGAAAGGAGUCAAGCGGGCUGCAAAUGGAAAGUAUGUUUCUGUCCCUGUGAUAGAAGAUUUUGAAGAAAGUGAGCUGAAAGAGGUACGUGUUUUGUUACAAGUAUUCAAGUCAUUGGGCUAG